GGGGCAGAGCUCGGCGGUGCGCGGACGGCGCGGGACUCGGUGCUCGCCAUGGCCCGCGGCCUGCGCGGCCUCCCGCGGCGCGGCCUCUGGCUGCUGCUGGCAUACCACCUCUUCAUGGUCACCGCCUGCCAGGACCCUGACUAUGGCACCCUCAUCCAGGAACUGUGCCUCACCCGCUUCAAGGAGGACAUGGAGGCUGUCGGGAGGACCCUGUGGUGUGACUGGGGGAAGACCAUAGGGAGUUACGGGGAGCUCACUGACUGCACCAAGCACGUGGCGGAAAAAAUCGGCUGUUUCUGGCCCAACCCGGAGGUGGACAAAUUCUUCGUGGCCGUCCAUCACCACUACUUCAGCAGCUGCCCCGUGUCUGGCAGGGCCGUGCAGGAUCCCCCCAGCAGCAUCCUCUGUCCCUUUAUCCUGCUCCCCAUCAUGGUGACGCUGCUGAUGACCACGCUGGUGGUCUGGAGGAGCAAGCGCACAGAGGGCAUCGUGUAGGUGGCCUGGGUGCUGGGAGGCUGGGAGGGCCAGGGAGUGUGGGCCCGGCCAGGCCCUGCAUCAGGCUGAACACGCCCUGACUGGAGGUUGGGACCCCUAGGGGAAGGGAGUAGGGGCCCCUCUUUGCCUCUGGAGAGGUUUAAACUCUGGAUCUCUGUUGGACUUGUCACCAUCAUGCCCAUUCUGACCUCCAAGCCAGACUGCUUACUCCACAGACAUGUUUGUGGAUGCACAGUCUAUGAUUAAAAAAGUGUCCUUGAACUUGGGAA